AUGGUGGCUGCCGUGACACAUUUGGAUUUUGCUGGUGUCAACACAUCUGUACAAUCGUGUGAGAGGCCCUUCCCCUGCACGUGGCAAGACUGCAGUAAGAAGUUUGCGCGCUCCGACGAGCUGGCGCGACACUACCGCACCCACACCGGAGAGAAGAAGUUCGGCUGCCCGCUCUGCGACAAGAGGUUCAUGCGCAGCGACCACCUGAUGAAGCACGCCCGCCGCCACUCCGACUUCCACCCCGCCAUGCUCAAACGCAGCCAUAACGUCCGGCCCAGCUCCGUCAGCGACUACAGCCGCUCAGACGCCUCUAGCCCCGCCCUGAGCCCUGACCCCAGCCCCGCCCCCAGCCCCGCCCUGAGCCCUGACCCCAGCCCCGCCCUGAGCCCCGCCCCCAGCCCCGCCAGCUCGCCUUAA